AUGGCGACGUACACCCAAACGAUCACCAAGGUAGCCGAUUCAGCCUCCGUGCCCGAGGAAGCCGUCUCGAAGCCCCAUCAUGUCCUCAACGGCGGACAUCUAAUCAAAUUCCGCAAUCCCUACCCGUCGUGGGGUCCGGGUAUUGGCCUGCUGAAUAUCCUGCGAGUCAUGCUCAAGGCGCGCUUCGCGGGAGAACUCCAACCCGUCGUCACUACUCCCCCAACCGUCCCCGUCCUCAAGCCUACAUUCCUACCCGACCGCACCGCGUCGGACCAGCUUCGUGCAACCUGGCUUGGCCAUUCAUGCUACUACAUCGAGUUCCCCUCUGGUCUUCGAGUCCUCUGCGACCCUGUCUUUGAGGACAGAUGCUCGCCCUUUAGCUUCCUUGGCCCGAAGCGGUAUACGGAACAGCCCUGCAAGCUCGCCGACAUCCCCGCCGUCGACGCAGUGCUCAUCAGCCAUAGCCACUACGACCAUCUCUCCCACCCGUCGGUCCUCGAGGUGAAGAAGCGACAUCCCAAUGUACACUUCUUCGUCCCGAAGGGACUUGAAAAGUGGUUCAACAAGGUCGGCAUCAACUCUGUUACGGAACUCGAUUGGUGGGAGGACGUUGAAUUUUCCUUGACCGUGGACGGUAAAGAAGGCGACGAUUCUGGCGAACCUAGGACUAUCUCGGCCAGGAUAUCAUGUACGCCGGCUCAGCAUUCGUCGGCGAGGGGCUUGUUCGACAGGGACAGGACGCUUUGGUGCUCAUGGGCCGUCAAGUCCGGCGGCAAGUCCCUCUGGUUCGCCGGGGAUACCGGAUAUCGCGCUGUGCCCUAUCUGCCCAGGGCCAUUGACGACUACGGUCCAGACUAUGCGGAUCUGCCGCGCUGUCCCCAGUUCAAGCAGAUUGGCGAGCAUCGCGGCCCCUUCGACCUCGGUCUUAUUCCCAUCGGCGCCUACUAUCCGCGUGCCGCCUUUUCGCCCAUGCACAUUAACCCCUACGAUGCGGUCGAGAUCUUCCAAGAGACCAAGUGUGCCAAUGCCAUGAGUAUCCACUGGGGUACUUGGGUACUUACGUCGGAGGAGGUUCAUGACCCUCCCAAGCAGUUGCGGGAGGCACUCAAGAAAAAGGGCAUUCCCGAGACUGGCGUGUUCGACAUUUGCGACAUUGGUGAGAGCCGCGAGUUUUGA